AUAGCCUGUAUCGUACAGAAGGCAUUACGUCACACCUGGAUGGAACUGACAAGUUGUUCGUGUCAUGUAUGGUGGAAGUUGCAUUGCAUAGGCCUACCUGUUGUAGACUCAAAGGAUGUGUGGAAUCAUUGCAUGAUAUUGGAUUUAGGAAACACAAAGACUGGCGAAAACAACAGAAUUAGGUGUUAUGUUGUUUUUCAUAGUUCAGAGUUUUUUUUUACAUAAUUCAUAGCGUAGGUUUUUCAUCCAUGUGUUUUUGGCACAUGGAUGAAAAAGUUGGGCCUAUAUGUUUUCCACACUAGCAGCUACAAAGGCACAGGAGAUAUCACCAUAUUGUGGUAUUUCUGCUGUUUGUGCGGUGUACAUAUUGACACACAUGGUCUCUCUCUCUCUCUCUCUCUCUCUCUCUCUCUCUCAAACUCAACACUCAUCUCAUUCUCUUCUCCCAUGGGUUAAGAUUUUUUUUUUAUCAUAAUGUUCAGAUUGAUAGAGUGAAGAUGAUCUCUGUUUGGCAGUAGGCCUGUUACAUCUUGGAUGAUAUUUCCUAUUACGGUACUCCUAAGGCAAAAAUGCAUUUAUUUUUUAGCAAGUAGGGCCUAUAUUUUGCAUGUGGUCUAUGAGCAUAGGUCCAGGCUGGAGAAAUCAUUACAGAAGGAGAGAAUGGAACACAAGAAGGCCAAAGAUGGUACAAUCCAAACCAGAUCACAACAUCGACUCUCCAAUGUUAUUCUGGAGUUCUCAUUUUGGCCAUUUAUGUGGUUAUAGUUAUGGUUAAGGUUAUGUAAUGGUUAUGGUUGUAUUUGCAAAUUUCGUGACCAAGCCAUAUACUGUAUUUUUUUUAAAAAUUGUUGUUUGGUUAUUCCCUAACAAUCCUUUGUUCUUAUUUUCAACAAUCACAGAUCACCUUGCAUAUAAACUUGAGUCGGAACAGUUACUGACCAAAGAAAAGGAGUCAAACAAUCGCUUUAAUGCAUUACAGGGCCAGCAUCAAAUACUAAAGAGCCAACAUGAAGACUUGAAGAAACAGUACUAUGAGCUGCAGGAGCAACAUCAGAACCAAGGGGAGAACCACGAGCGAGUCUUGGAUGAACACAGAGAGCAGAUUGACCAUCUCCAAAGGACCAAAGAGAUGGAAAUCUCCAGACUCAAAGAGAAUGUAUAUAACCUAAAGGAGGAGAACCGUCAGCUGAGGAAAGCGCAUCAAGACAUUCGCACUCAGCUGUUGGAUGUGCGGCAGCAGCACAAGGACUUAAGGACGGCAAAUGAUCAACUUAAACUAACUGUAGAGGAUCACAAGAGUGCUCUUGCUGUUGCAAAGCUCCAGGUGGUGGAGCUGCAGCGUUUCAAAGUGCAGUCUCCCAGCACUACCCAAGCUGUGCUUCACAGCUACAGGGCAGAUCCACCUCACAUCCAUGGCCUGGGAGCCCCUGAGAUGAAACCCAGCCCGCACACACAGCCAGGGCACACCACCACACAGGCCCUCACUCCGGUGGCCAGUAAUAAGGAAAAGGUGGAGCCUGAAAUCUCUCAUCACAUAUUACCAGAUGUGGUGGAUGUUGAGAACGAUAAAAAACAGACAGUGAUGCCGAAACAGGAUUCUGUCAAAGAGGAGGCAAAGGAUGAGAAGGGAGAGGGCCGAGAGAAGACAAGCUUUCAGCGCUGGCGUAGUCGCCUAGAGCACCACGGUGUGUUGGACGGCGAUCCUGGCAAGAAGCUCCUGUCCUCUCAUGAGGAACACGAGAGGAAAGAUGGGCUAAACAGACAGAAGAGGCAGCCAGAGAUCUUAAACCCAGACAUCGUCCUUGAGGACUUGCAUCCACGUCAUAAGGACAGAGGUGAGGUUGAGGACAUUCGCAUACCUGCCAAGGACCUGAAUGAUGAUGUGCUGAAUCCGGCAGAGGACCCCAACAACCAGGGAGAGGAUGAGUUUGAGGUGCAGCAGCAGCAGCAGGACGAGCUGGUCCGGGCAGAACCUGCAGCCCGCCGACCAACCGGCAGCCAGGAGCGCGUGGCCCAGGAGGAGCAGCUAGUGAUGGCAGGAAGUCCAGACCAGCAGGAAGACAAUCUGGAUGACCAAUACGAAGAGGCUGAGGAAGAGCAGGCUGGGGAUGAUAUGGUGGAGGAUAUCCAGGAGAAAGGGAAGGAAGGGGGGAAUGAAGAAGACCCAUACAGUGAGGAGAAUGCUGAGCAGGGGCCAUGGAAUGAAGACAUCCAAGAUCAAGACAGAGAUCAUAAAGAAGAAUACAAAGAAGAUGUGGAAAUUGUUGAAGAAGAUGAAGGCCACAAGGAAAUCCACACAAACAGAAGAGCAGAGAUGUAAAAAUGAAUAAAGUUAUUUUUAAGAAAAGUA